AUGAUCUCGCGUCUAGCCACCGCGGCUUUGACCGCGAUCGCAUACAGCACUCUAGCGUCCGCCGAGCCAGUGCAAUACUGCCCGAUCUCAGAUAUCUGCUACCAAGUCGCAGUACCAGACGCAUCCUCAUCCUCUAACAGCGGAAACAUCUACCUGCAACUCCGAGCGCCGACAUCCUACUCAUGGGUGGCCUUCGGUACGGGAUCGGCCAUGGCCGAUUCCAACAUCUUCAUGAUGUACACUGACGGCAAGGGUAACGUAACAAUAUCGCCGCGCGCAGGCGUCGGACACAUCAUGCCGCAAUACAACGCCAUUACACAACUCACCCUCCUCGAAGGCAGUGGUGUAACCAACGAUGGCAAAACCAUGAUCGCCAACGUGCGCUGUGGGAACUGCGGCUCUUGGUCCGGGGGUUCGAUGAGUCUAGCAGCUAGCAGUGCGGACUGGAUUGCGGCGUGGAAGACCGGCGCGGCAGUCGACAGCACGGACAAGAACGCCGGGAUCCACUACCAUGACGAGCAUGAACAGUGGGCUUUCGACCUUACGCAAGGUACCGUGUCUGACGACAGCAACCCGUUCGUAGGUGUGCGACAGUUCGAUAACAAUAACCGUGGUGUUGCUGGUAGCGGUAGUUUUGCUGACCCGCGUACUCUGAUUCGCGGACAUGGUGUGAUUAUGGCUGUGACUUUCGGUAUCUUGUACCCUCUGGGAUCCGCACUCAUGCCGCUGCUCGGCAAGUGGAUUAUCCACGCCUCGUGGCAGUUCCUUGCCUUCCUGCUCAUGUGGGCUGGGUUUGGAUUGGGUCUUGUUUCCUCGCAGCGCAUCAAGAUUAACUUCAACUCAACGCACACGAAACUUGGUGUUGUCGUCGUCUCCCUUAUGGGCAUUCAGCCUAUCCUGGGUAUGCUCCACCACAGAUACUUCGUAAAGCACCAGACUCGUGGUCUCAUCUCGCAUGCUCACAUCUGGUACGGUCGUUCCGUCAUUAUCAUGGGUAUCGUCAACGGCGGACUAGGUCUCAAACUGGCCACUGCUGCUAACAAAUACAUCAUUGCCUACUCUGUGGUCGCUGGCGUCGUCUUCGUCACAUACAUUGCUUCUGCUUUGUUCGGCGAAUUCCGACGCCACCAAAGGAAAGCGGGAGGCUGGGAGAAGAACAGCCCUUGA